GUGAUCCUAGGCCGACGCUGUUUCGGUCAGAUGACUUUGCCUACGACAGGGGCAAUGACUGGCUUGGUUCAGGCACCUUCGGAGAAGUCUAUAGAUGUCGCUUGAGAGGUUCUGGUCAACUAGUUGCCAUAAAGAUUCUCUCGACGCCUAGGAGACUGAAACCUAGUGAUGAGAAGACUUUUCUGUUAGAAGUUACCAUCCUUCAUCGACUGACUGAAUGUCCUCACGUUGUUCGAUUACUGGGUUUAUGCACUGAUUAUGGCCAUUAUGCGAUUGUAAUGGAACAUGUAGGAAAUGCACUGAUCAUGGCCAUUAUGCUAUUGUAAUGGAGCAUGUAGGAAAUGGGGAUUUGGAGAGCAUGUUGCUGUCAGAAGAACGUGAGCAUCGUGAAAUUAGAUAGUGGAGCUGUCGACUGAAGAUGAGUUUGGAAAUUGCAAAGGGAAUGGACUUUUUGCACAGUCUCAACCCUUCAAUUAUACACAGAGACUUGAAAACAGCCAAUGUUUUAGUUGAUUGCAAUUACUCCUGCAAGAUUAUAGACUUUGGAUUGUCAACAAUGAGAGGAAUUUCAAGACGAUCAGCAGUUCAAUCGAGCAGUAUCUCAACUGUGAUGGGAACCAUUGCAUUCACUGCCCCAGAAGUCUUUCUAGACAAAGUAGAGAAGAAACAAGAAACAAAGAUUGAUGUUUAUUCGUAUUCUAUCAUUCUGUGGCAACUGAAAGAAAUGAAGCCUGUUUAUGCUACAAUGAGCAGUGCAGUGAUUCGUGCAAAUGUCCUGGCUAACCAGAGACCUAAACUGAGUGACAACUGCAGUAAAGGCUUUCGACAAUUAAUUACUCGUUGCUGGAGUGAUCAGCCAGACAGCAGGCUAGAUUUUGGAGAAAUAAUUACAAUGUUUGAAGGGAUCAUAGGACAAACAUCCAUCUCAUGCAAUCAGAGCAGCCGUGGUGGCAUAGACAAUUUAGCUACAGAAGUAGAUGAUGGCAAUGCGAUUAGUAGCAUGUCUAUUCAACCAGUCUCUGAUACAAAUGUAUCAUCAUCAGCUUCAAUGUUGCUUGACUCUUUUGAUGAAUCAAAUUUGGGAUCAACUGCUUCAAGUUCUGCUUCAACGCUUUCCGAUGUGGUGCCACAUUCAGGUUCUUCCAGCACAGCAUUAUCAAAUACCGUAUUUGGAUUGAGUCCCAGUCGUACCAGUACAACUCUGCCAUUUACAUCAUCUGUAUCAUCUGUGACUCAAAGUGAAGUUGAUAUUCCAACAACUGCAUCAGUCAACUUUUUACCCUCUUUACUUUCUCUUUUUUACACGAAAGAAGUGGUCCCAUUAUACCUCGUGUGUCAUAUGGUAUGGGUGGGUUUUUGGACUCUCUCCCAGUGAAACUCAUUGUAACAGUUGAAGAAUCUGCAGACAGAAUAGCAUGACAGAAACCUGGACGGAUUGCUGAGCAGGAGGUUAGUAGUUGUAUCAUAUAAAAACUGUUGACGUUGUUGCCAUUACUUUGCAGGCUCAUCUUUUACCAAAAAGGUGGACACAGUUGCCCCAACUACCAAAGAGGCAUGGCUUUCUUAAUUGUAUCGGCACAGUCAAAGGCAAGGUGGUAGUUAGUGGCUUUCAUAACUUAUACCUUUGUGAUAUCAUGUCAAGCGACAAUGGUUGGAUGAGUCGUGCAACUGUGCCUGAACUAGGAGCUCGAAUUCAAACAAUUUUUACAGCCAACGAUUGCCUGUUUGCCACUUAUUAUCCCCAACGCAAUAGUAGUACUGGCUGGAGCUUGAAAAUUAGUGCAUAUGAUAUUGAUAAUAAUGUGUGGGGUGAUUUCUGUUCUUUGGAACUUGGGUCACAACUGGAAUGCUUCAGUGCUGUUUUGGAUGGUGACAAUAUAUAUAUCGUUGGAGGUGAAUAUCAGUCUGGCACAUUGGGCAAUGUGUUGAUCUAUGAUAUGCGAAGUGGUCAGCAGUCUGGUAGUGCAAAGCUCAAGCAGGCAAGAAAAUUGUGUAGCAGUGUUAUUAUCGAUAACAUGCUUUGUGUUGUCUGAGGAUGGGCCGGUCAGUACAUUAACUCUGUAGAAGCCAUGUCCAUUUCUGACCUUCAUUUGUUUAGUCUGCCUGCGACAUCACUGUAUGGCUGUUCUUGUGCUGUUGCAUCAGGAAAGCUCAUGGUUGGUGGCGGAAGAAUGAUGCCUCAAUAUAAUGGAAUGAUAGGAAAUAGUGCAUCGUGAUUGGACAGCUGGCCUGGUGUUUGGCAGCAGUUGCCAUCGAUGAGCGACCCUCGUUUUCUGCAUGGGAUGUGCACUUUUGCAGAUGAAAUCAUUCUAGCAGCCGGAGGGAUGCAUGACGGCACACUGUCGGAUCUGAACACUGUCGAGGCAUUGAAUAUGGAACAGUAGUUUGUAAGCAACACGUAAGUUUGCUGUGUAAGAGGAAAGAAGAGUCCAGAUGUCACAGAGUUUGACAAUGAGUGUGUUUGCUAUAACUGUAUUAGUACUCGCUUUUCAGCAUAUUAGUGCAGUCAAGCAAACCUGUUAUGCUGCAAUAUAAUAUAUAUCAAUUUUGAUAGACUGGAAAA